CGUUCGGCCUGGAGCCCGCGGGCGAGACCUAGUUGGGCUUCGCCAUGCGGGCCGGGAGUAACGAGCCGGACGGCGUCCUGAGCUAUCAGAGACCAGAUGAAGAAGCUGUGGUGGAUCAGGGUGGGACCAGUACAAUUCUCAACAUCCACUAUGAGAAAGAAGAGUUGGAAGACCUUCUGCUUCUUUUCAGGUCAUAGGACUCUGUACGUGGGGGUCCGGAUGCCGCUGGGCCGGCAGAGCCAUCGGCACCACCGAACCCAUGGCCAGAAGCAUCGGAGACGAGGGCGGGGCAAGGGAGCCAGCCAGGGGGAGGAAGGCCCCGAGGCCCUGGCCCAUGACACACCAUCUCAGCGUGUUCAGUUCAUUCUUGGCACCGAGGAGGAUGAAGAGCACGUGCCUCACGAACUGUUCACAGAACUGGAUGAGAUCUGCCUGAAAGAGGGGGAAGAUGCCGAGUGGAGGGAGACAGCCAGGUGGUUGAAGUUUGAAGAAGAUGUUGAGGAUGGGGGAGAGCGCUGGAGCAAGCCUUACGUUGCAACCCUUUCACUGCAUAGUCUCUUUGAGCUAAGGAGCUGCCUUAUUAACGGAACGGUCCUUCUGGAUAUGCAUGCGAACAGCAUAGAAGAAAUCUCAGACCUGAUCCUGGACCAGCAGGAACUGUUCAGUGACCUGAAUGACAACAUGAGGGUUAAAGUACGGGAAGCCCUUCUCAAAAAGCAUCAUCAUCAGAAUGAAAAGAAGAGAAAUAACCUCAUCCCCAUUGUUCGCUCCUUUGCUGAGGCUGGCAAGAAGCAAUCUGAUCCACAUUCGAUGGAUAAACAUGGUCAGACUGUGUCUCCUCAGUCCGUUCCAACUACAAGUCUUGAAGUAAAAAAUGGAAUGAAUUGUGAACACAGUCCCGUGGACUUAAGCAAGGUCGACCUUCAUUUCAUGAAGAAAAUUCCCACUGGGGCAGAGGCCUCGAAUGUCCUGGUUGGAGAGGUGGACUCUCUGGGCCGCCCUGUUGUCGCCUUUGUGAGGCUGUCUCCAGCAGUCCUUCUCUCGGGCCUGACAGAAGUGCCCAUCCCUACAAGAUUUUUGUUUAUCCUCUUGGGUCCAGUAGGGAAAGGUCAGCAGUACCAUGAGAUUGGAAGAUCCAUGGCCACCAUCAUGACAGACGAGAUUUUUCAUGAUGUGGCAUAUAAGGCAAAAGAGCGGGACGAUCUCCUGGCGGGGAUUGAUGAGUUCCUAGACCAGGUGACGGUGCUGCCUCCAGGGGAGUGGGACCCCUCCAUUAGAAUUGAGCCACCCAAAAACGUCCCUUCCCAGGAGAAAAGGAAAAUGCCUGGAGUUCCAAAUGGAAAUGUUUGCCACAUAGAACCAGAACCACAUGGGGGCCACAGCGGGCCAGAACUUCAACGCACUGGGCGGCUGUUUGGGGGCUUGGUGCUGGACAUCAAGCGGAAGGCCCCCUGGUACUGGAGCGACUACCGGGAUGCACUCAGCUUACAGUGUUUGGCCUCCUUUCUGUUCCUGUACUGUGCCUGCAUGUCGCCUGUCAUCACCUUUGGGGGAUUGCUCGGAGAAGCCACUGAGGGGCGCAUAAGUGCAAUUGAAUCCUUGUUUGGAGCCUCCAUGACUGGGAUUGCCUAUUCCUUGUUUGCCGGACAGGCUCUCACCAUCCUUGGAAGUACUGGGCCAGUGCUUGUGUUUGAAAAGAUUUUGUUCAAAUUCUGCAAAGACUAUGCUCUUUCAUACCUCUCCCUGCGAGCUUGUAUCGGACUGUGGACCGCCUUCCUGUGUAUUGUCCUUGUGGCAACUGACGCUAGUUCCCUUGUCUGCUACAUUACCCGCUUCACUGAAGAAGCGUUUGCCUCCCUGAUUUGCAUUAUUUUCAUCUAUGAAGCAAUAGAAAAGCUGAUUCACCUGGCAGAGACCUACCCCAUCCACAUGCACAGUCAGCUGGACCACCUUAGCCUGUAUUACUGCAGGUGUACUCUCCCAGAGAAUCCAAACAAUCACACCUUACAGUACUGGAAGGACCACAACAUCGUGACAACAGAAGUCCACUGGGCCAACCUGACUGUUAGUGAGUGCCAAGAGAUGCAUGGAGAGUUCACAGGCUCUGUGUGUGGCCACCAUGGACCCUAUACUCCCGAUGUGCUCUUUUGGUCCUGCAUUCUCUUCUUCACCACCUUCAUCCUCUCCAGCACCUUGAAGACAUUUAAGACAAGCCGCUAUUUCCCAACCAGAGUCCGCUCCACGGUGAGUGACUUUGCUGUUUUCCUCACUAUCUUCACAAUGGUGAUUGUUGAUUUUUUGAUUGGAAUCCCAUCACCAAAGCUUCAAGUUCCCAGUGUGUUCAAGCCAACACGGGAUGAUCGAGGGUGGAUUAUUAGUCCCAUUGGCCCCAAUCCCUGGUGGACUGUGAUAGCUGCAAUUAUCCCAGCUCUUCUCUGCACUAUCUUGAUAUUCAUGGACCAGCAGAUCACAGCUGUCAUCAUUAACAGGAAGGAACACAAACUCAAGAAAGGAUGUGGCUACCACCUGGACCUGCUGAUGGUGGCCAUCAUGCUGGGUGUCUGCUCCAUCAUGGGCCUGCCCUGGUUUGUGGCUGCAACUGUCCUGUCCAUCACACAUGUGAACAGCCUCAAACUGGAAUCUGAGUGCUCCGCCCCUGGAGAACAGCCCAAAUUCUUGGGUAUCCGAGAACAGAGAGUAACCGGCCUUAUGAUCUUUGUGCUGAUGGGCUGCUCAGUCUUCAUGACAGCUAUAUUAAAGUUUAUCCCGAUGCCGGUACUCUAUGGAGUUUUCCUCUACAUGGGAGUGUCUUCACUACAGGGAAUUCAGUUCUUUGAUCGUCUGAAGCUCUUUGGGAUGCCUGCAAAGCACCAGCCAGACUUUAUCUACCUUCGGCACGUGCCGCUGCGCAAAGUGCACCUCUUCACCCUCAUCCAGCUGACCUGCCUCAUCCUGCUUUGGGUCAUCAAGGCCUCUCCAGCUGCCAUUGUCUUUCCAAUGAUGGUUUUGGCCUUGGUCUUUGUCAGGAAAGUCAUGGAUCUCUGUUUCUCUAAGCGGGAGCUGAGCUGGUUAGAUGAUCUCAUGCCGGAAAGCAAAAAGAAGAAGUUGGAUGAUGCCAAAAAGAAGGCCAAGGAGGAAGAGGAGGCUGAGAAAAUGUUAGAAAUGGGGGGAGACAAGUUCCCCUUAGAGAGCAGGAAGUUACUAAGUAGUCCUGGAAAGAACAACAGUUUCAGAUGUGACCCCUCUGAGAUUAAUAUAUCUGAUGAAAUGCCUAAAACCACAGUCUGGAAAGCUCUCAGUAUGAAUUCUGGAAACACAAAGGAAAAGAGUCUCUUCAACUAAAAGUCUUUGCUGGG